UUUGAAAAAUAAAAAAAUUUAAAUUUUUCAAAAGAUAAAAUGUUAUUUUGGUCAUUUUAGUUUUUGAGUGCUAUUUUUGUGAUAUAAACUUAGAAAUGUGCUAUUUUGGAGAUUUGCCCAAGAAAGAAAGUUAUUUUUUUUUUCUCUGUUGACAACAAGAAAGAAAGUUACUUGUUAAUCACUUAAUCCUAGUCGAAGUUUCUUUUAACCAAAAGUGUGGCAAGUUGCUAACAUUAUUGUCUUCUUGAAAGUUCGACCUGUAACACGCGCCGUUGAAGAGUGCAUCACGAGACUUACCUUAGUUUCUUACAGCGAAUUCAGCUUAUGUGCGAGGGCAACUAGGACUGGACACGAAUACUUGUUAUUUGCCUUAUACCUGCUAUUUGAUCUGUAUUCGCUUUGUUUUUGCAAGUAUUCAUCAUUGUCAAGUCAAGUAUUAAGUCGUUGAGUUUUGCUAUUUGCAAGUACAAGGCAAAUAAUAAGUAUCACAAAAAAAGUUAUGACUCACUUUGAUAUUACUCGUUACUUGUUUUAUGACUGAAAAAAUGAUAAUUAAACCAUAAAAACAAAAGUCAUAAACAAAUAAUUCUUUGUUGUAAGAAGUAAACAAUACUUUUUUUUAUCGAAUUCCAUCUUUAUUUUUAUAUUAGCUGCAAAUAUUUUAUUUAAAAUAACUCUCGUGUUUUUACUAAAUCGAGUAAAUAAAAUAAACUUUCAUAAACUUUUCUCGUAAUCUAUCCAAGUAAUUUUUAGAAACUUAAAAAUAUAUCUAAGUAAUUAAUAAAUACUUGUAAGUAGCAAGUAAUCGAACAAGGUAAGUAAUUUGCAAGUAACAUAUUUUUGGACAAGUACUCAAAACAAUAAAUACUCAAAAUAACAAGUACUCGUUUUCGACAAGUCAAGUAUAAAUCUAAAAUUUUAUUAUUCGUUUAAAGUAAGCCAAGUAUCACAGGUAUACUUAAAAAGUGCAAUGGUAGGACGACUGGAUCUUUAUAAUAUCCACAUAAGUAGACAAUAAAAUAUUAAAAAUUUCAGUUUCUAUCGUGUUCCAAAAGGUCCUCCUCCUCCACCUUCGUAUCAAAGUGACUUAAAGAUUCUUUUAGAUUUGACCAAAAUACAAAAACAGAUGGUGGAAACUUAAAUUCCUUUUUCAUAAGAUGACCGAAUAUUAAAGAAUUAUAUUGGACGAAAAGGACAUUUAUUGAACACAAUAUUUUUCCCACGCAAUUUCUUAUAGUAAAUUAUUGUAAAACUAAAUUUAUUCCAACUUUCAUCAUUCGUUGAUCUUAAAUGAAAAUGCUAUAAAAAUAUCGUAGUAGAAAACAUUAUGUAGUUGGAAGAAACCCUUUAGUAUAGUUAAAACAUAAUUUCUAGUAAUUUAAUCUGUAGUGAGUUGGCUUUUCUCUCAUUCUUUCUAGGUUUAGCUUAAUUGCUCAAAAACCUACAGCUAAAGUGUAAACUAAAAAUCGUUUUAUUCCAUUUUAAAUUGUAAACUGUACGACCUAAAAAGCCAGAUUUGUAUUGGUUUCAUGCAUUUUCAGGAGAAUGUCUUUUAGCCAAAAAAAGAAGUAAGACUAUUAUUACCAGGACAUUCUAACGAAAUUAUAGCAACCGAAUAAGAAUAGUAAAAAUAAUGAAAUGAAUUUGAAAUACAAUAGUGAUAUCAAAAAUAAAGAAUAAAAAGAAUCAACGAAGAUGUUAAUAAAUCUUGGGAUUUUUUUUUUAUGCCAAAAAAAUAAUAACUGUCUCAUUAGACUAAUCUUUUAUAUUUUAUGUUCCAUUAGGCUAAUUAUCUUCAAAAUAAAAAUAAUGCCCUUAAUUUCAGUUACAAAUUCGAAAUUACAAUUAACAAAACGAUUGUUAAAUAUUAAAUAUAAUAAAUAACUAAAGUAAUUAAAAUAAAAAAAUUAAAAAUCCUCAAAUAAAAGAAACUCUAUCUCCAAUUUUUUAUUUUUUUUUCUUCUGAAAAUCUGUUUUUUCAUAUAUGGAAACUAAAUAUUUCUAAAUACUUUUUUUCCAUAUUUUUCGGAAAUGAUUAUUCUUACUCGAAUACAAGAAAUCAGUAGUAUUCGGUUUUUACAGGUUUUUAAAAUUAUAGUCAUGUGUAGAUUUUGAUUUCUACAUGUUUUAUUUACACUAAAUCUGUAGAACUCAGUUUCUACAAGUUUUUAGAUUUAUAAUAAUGUGUAGAUUUCGAUUUCUGCAGGUUUUAGAUUUAUAGUAAUCUGUAGAUUCUGAUAUCUACAAAUUUUAGAGUGAUAUGUUAAGCGCGAAAUGUGUAUUCUAAAUAUGUUUAAAGUACUAUUAUUUACAUAGAUCAGGUAUUCUAAACAUAGAAGAUUCAAUGAAAAAAAUGGAUUUUAUUUUCUACUUCAUAGAAUGUCAAUUCUAACAAAAUCUGAAAUUAUGAUUUAAAUAUUUUUAGAACUGAAAAAAAAAUACCACUUAAUUCAUAUAGGUAUUUCAUCAGAUCAGUAGUAACUAUUUUUCAACUUUUUGUUUGUUUGUAAAACUUUUUUUUAAUUUAUUAUCAAAAAUAUUAAAGAGCAUCAUAAACAAAAUGGUACAAAAUAGAAAUUAGUUUAAUGGGACAUAGUUACUAUUUUUUUGGUCCAAGAAACAAUUUUUCCAUUAAUCUUUCCGUUCUGUAUUAUAUACCGUAUGCUACUGCAUGUGGCUAUUAGAUUACGCAAGAUAAUACAUUUUCUGGAAAAUAAAACAAAAGACGAACCAAUGGAUUUGAAAAAACUUUGUUCUAAGCUAACGAAAAUUGUAGGGCUAUUAGUAAGAAACAGAAAAUAUAGAAGCCAUAUUGCACAAUUUUAUUAUUUAUUGUCACAUUCUUUUGUACUUUCUCCUCGCAAAUGCUAUAUAUAUACUCCUCCAUUUCACUCGGUCUGAAACUUAUAGCAAAAUCUCUAACAUUUAACUCCAUAAUAAUAAUUGUAUAAUUAUUAUAACUAACCAAAUUUAAUUAAGCGACAAGAGGCUAGCCUGUGGCUGAGUUGCAUGGCAAGAGGUCGAAAUCCGACGACGAUGAACCGUAGCGAUCGAUACCUUGGAAGCUACAGUUACGGUGACAGUCACGGAACCUCACUCACCGACGAAUUAGAGCUCGCCGAGGAAGACAUCUGGUCACCGGCCGUCAUUCACGACACCGAGACAGAAGAUUCAUACGGCGGGUGGAACUCAAGUGCUAACUCUGUGAAAAGUGGGCGCGUGGGAGGACUCUCGCUGACUUUCAAGAGCUCUUCAAACGCACCGUCGUCAUCUCCGAUGCUCGUGCAGCAGAUCCACGGCGGAGUAGGCGAAGGAGGAGAAAUCAUGCGGAACUUGGCGUCCUCAGCGCCGGUUAAUGUGCCGGAUUGGAGUAAGAUAUAUCGAGUCAACUUGGUUGAGUCAACACACGAGCUUGACGGUGACGACGAGGAGGAACCGGGGAUGAUGCCGCCGCACGAGUACCUUGCUAAGAGCCAAGCACGGCGGAGCAGGAAAAUGGGAGGCGGUGGGGCGUCGAUGUUUGAGGGUGUAGGAAGGACACUCAAAGGCAGGGAACUAAGGCGGGUUCGUGAUGCAAUUUGGAGCCAAACAGGGUUCUACGGCUAAGAAUGUUUAUAACAAAUAACAAGAUUCUAGAUUUCAGUUAAAAUAUUUGUUUUGGCAGAAUAGAAGUAAUUUUGUAAUUUUCUAAGUUUUUUUUUGCGUUCAACGAGCCUACAAAUUCAAGUUCCUCUUUAUGAUGUUGCCUAAAAUUCAAAAAUCAUUUUGUCUUAUGUUAAUUAGUUUAAGGCCCUCUUCGUUUGCUCUGUGAUCCAUCUGGGUGAAGAUGCAAAUUGAUGUUCGUUUUGUGCAUUAUAAUGCUCCAUCCAGAUGGAUCAUCCAGCUGAAUUUUUAAAAACUUAUCUCAAAUUCUCAUCCAAAUGAAAAUGAGUCUUGAUGGUGCAUCUGGAUGCAGAUGCAUCUAGUUCAGUUCAAAAUGAUAAAUGACAAAAAUGACUUUUUAAAAUCAAAAUAUAAUUUUCAAACCGUAAAUUCUAUUUUUUUGCAUAUACAUUUUUCUUCUAUAACCAAAAAAUACAUUUUCUCGCAAAAACUGAAAAAACACACUUUCCCGCCAAAACC